GCAAAGAAACAUCACAACAUGGAGAAAAUGGCUCCUGCAUUCUCUACAACUCCUUCCUCCAUAUCCCACUCUAUCUCUACACCCAGUCCUGACGUCAGGUCAACAACUGCGACCGCCCCUGACCCUGAGCUUCCCAAGCUCCCAGCUGAUCUACCUGAUCUACCGAAAACAACCCCCAACCAAAAGCCUAAAACCAGCCAAAACAUCCCUGGAAAACUCAAACCUGUGUCCAAACCAAACCAAAAACAUCCAAACCCUGGGACAAACUUCAAGCCUAAACCAAAUGUAAAGCCUAAUACUGGCCACAAACCACCACAAACCAACUGGAACCUUAAAAGACUUAAGCCUGGACAAACGCCUAAUCUUAAAGCCCAGUCUGCACCUGAAGCGGUGUCCAAUAGACCAUCCAAACCAAGGCCUCCCUCCCUUUAUGAAUCACCAACCAUGUCUACAGUUAGGCCAGGAGCAACACCAAUUCAAAGACCAAAACCAGAAGUGCAACCAAAGAAAAGUCCAAAGACCAAAACAGAUUCAUCUCAAAUCAGCAAGACUAUUUCAGACCACAUCCAAACCUCUCAUACUAACACGCCUUUGACAUCUGGCCCUGUAAAGCAUACUGCUGAAGUGACACAUUCCCCAGGGGACAUAGAGUUCAAUCCCAGUGUGAAGAAAACUGUCACUGCACAUCCAAAGACCUCCAAUAGCCUGGAAAAUGGAGCCUUCCCUCACCUUCACACUCUGCCUGAAGACUCCACUAUGAGCCCAAACAGCAGGAUUGUGUCUGAUCUAAAGCCACAAACAACCAGUGAGCCGCCAUCGCUCCCAAUGACAACAAGACCAAACAAACUCAUCCAUGGGAUCCUCCCAAGUGUUAUCCCUAGCACCAGUCCAAGACCCACACAGUCAAAUAUAAUUCCAAAAUCUGACUCUGGCACACAAGCAAAGAAACAUCACAACAUGGAGAAAAUGGCUCCUGCAUUCCCUACAACUCCUUACUUCAUAUCCCACUCUAUCUCUACAAACAGUCCUGACUUCAGGUCAACAACUGCGACCGCCCCUGACCCUGAGCUCCCCAACCUCCCAGAUGAGUUACCUGAUCUACCAAAAACACCUCCCAACCAAAAGACUAAAACCAGCCAAAACAUCCCUGGAAAACCCAAACCUGUGUCCAAACCAAACCAAAAACAUCCAAAACCUGGGACAAACUUCAAGCCUAAACAAAAUGUAAAGCAUAAUAGUGGCCACAAACCACCACAAACCAACUGGAACCUUAAAAGACUUAAGCCUGGACAAACGCCUAAUCUUAAUGCCAAGUCUGCACCUGAAGUGGAAUCCAAUAGAACAUCCAAACCAAGGCCUCCCUCCCUUUAUGAAUCACCAACCAUGUCUACAGUUAGGCCAGGAGCAACACCAAUUCAAAGACCAAAAUCAGAAGUGCAACCAAAGAAAAGCCCAAAGAUCAAAACAGAUUCAUCUCAAAUCAGCCGGACUAUUUCAGACCACAUCCAAACCUCUCAUACUAACACGCCUUUGACAUCUGGCCCUGCAAAGCAUACUGCUGAAGUGACUCAUUCCCCAGGGGACACAGAGUUCAAUCCCAGCGUGAGGAAAACUGUCACUGCACAUCCAAAGACCUCCAAUAGCCUGGAAAAUGGAGCCUUCCCUCACCUUCACACUCUGCCUGAAGACUCCACUAUGAGCCCAAACAGCAGGAUUGUGUCUGAUCUAAAGCCACAAACAGUCAAUCAGCCACCAUCGCUCCCAAUGACAAGACCAAACAAAAUCAUCCAUGGGAUCCUUCCAAAUGUUAUCCCUAGCACCAGUCCAGGACCCACACAGUCAAAUAUAAUUCCAAAAUCUGACUCUGGCACACAAGCAAAGAAACAUCACAACAUGGAGAAAAUGGCUCCUGCAUUCUCUACAACUCCUUCCUCCAUAUCCCACUCUAUCUCUACACCCAGUCCUGACGUCAGGUCUACAACUGCGACCGCCCCUGGCCCUGAGCUUCCCAAGCUCCCAGCUGAUCUACCUGAUCUUCCGAAAACAACCCCCAACCAAAAGCCUAAAACCAGCCAAAACAUCCCUGGAAAACCCAAACCUGUGUCCAAACCAAACCAAAAACAUCCAAAACCUGGGACAGACUUCAAGCCUAAACCAAAUGUAAAGCCUAAUACUGACCACAAACCACCACAAACCAACUGGAACCUUAAAAGACUUAAGCCUGGACAAAUGCCUAAUCUUAAAGCCAAGUCUGCAUCUGAAGCGGUGUCCAAUAGACCAUCCAAACCAAGGCCUCCCUCCCUUUAUGAAUCACCAACCAUGUCUACAGUUAGGCCAGGAGCAACACCAAUUCAAAGACCAAAACCAGAAGUGCAACCAAAGAAAAGUCCAAAGACCAAAACAGAUUCAUCUCAAACCAGCAGGACUAUUUCAGACCACAUCCAAACCUCUCAUACUAACACGCCUUUGACAUCUGGCCCUGCAAAGCAUACUGCUGAAGUGACUCAUUCCCCAGGGGACACAGAGUUCAAUCCCAGCGUGAGGAAAACUGUCACUGCACAUCCAAAGACCUCCAAUAGCCUGGAAAAUGGGGCCUUCCCUCACCUUCACACUGAAGACUCUACUAUGAGCCCAAACAGCAGGAUUGUGUCUGAUCUAAAGCCACAAACAACCAGUGAGCCGCCAUCGCUCCCAAUGACAACAAGACCAAACAAAAUCAUCCAUGGGAUCCUCCCAAGUGUUAUCCCUAGCACCAGUCCAGGAUCCACACAGUCAAAUAUAAGUCCAAAAUCUGACUCUGGCACACAAGCAAAGAAACAUCACAACAUGGAGAAAAUGGCUCCUUCCCCCAUAUCCCACUCUAUCUCUACACCCAGUCCUGACUUCAGGUCAACAACUGCGACCACUCCUGGCCCCGAGCUCCCAGCUGAGGCUUCCACUCCCAGUGCACGUGAGUUACGAGUGAAAAUCAACCAGGUGGCCGCUUUCUUCAAUAACAGCCCGAGUCUAAAUGGAAGCCUGACAAACAUGCAUCAUAAAGAGCACUCAGAGGAGAACCAGGGAGGCAGCAGGCCUGACGGCACAAACGGCAAACUGCCAACAGUGAAACCACCAAAAGCCACAGUUACCAUGCCACCGAGAGACUGCUCGGACCACCUGCUCAGAGGAGGAACAGAAAGCGGGCGAUACCUGGUGACCCCUGACCCCCGCACAAAAAGUUUCCUGGUGUACUGCGACAUGCAACAGGAGGGUGGAGGGUGGACCGUCCUGCAACGCCGCCAGGACGGCAGCGUGAGCUUCAACCGCACCUGGGCAGAGUACCAAUCCGGCUUCGGGGAGCUGGACGGAGGGGAGUUUUGGCUGGGCAACAACAUGAUCCACCUGCUGACCCGCGACAGGGAGAUGGUGCUGCGGGUGGAAUUGGAGGAUUUUGACAACAUGACGGGGUAUGCGCAGUACGAGCAGUUCAGGGUGGCGAGUGAACGGCUGCGCUAUAAACUGACAGUAAGCGGUUACUCAGGUACCGCAGGUGAUGCUCUUCGCUUCAGCAAAAGGUACGAUCACAACAGCAGGGCGUUCACCACUCCGGACAGGGACCACGACCGCUACCCCUCCGGGAACUGCGGGGCCUACUACAGCUCCGGGUGGUGGUUUGACGCCUGCAUGAGUGCGAACCUCAACGGGAGAUACUACGUGGGGAGGUACAAAGGUGUCCGGGAUGGGAUUUUCUGGGGGACAUGGUAUAACAUAUUAUCAGAGUACUACCCCACCAAUGAGAGACAGUCUUUUAAGAGAGUCAGGAUGAUGAUCAGACCAAAGGGCUUUGCACCCUAAGCUGUGCUGGGGAAGAAAACAAGGGUUUAAUACCAACUUCAACCAUAAGCCCGCAGGAUACUUCAUUAAAGUUUCAUAAAAUCUAGUGUACUCUCCACACUAUUAACCAUUAACACAAUACUGCCGCCUUGUGGUGUUUUCUAUAAUGUUUCGUUUACAAUAACAGAGGAUGUAUAUACUAGUGACAAAGGUAGGGUUGCAUUGUUUAUUUUAUAACCUUUUAAGAAUAAAAUUAUAGCAUUUUUGUUCAGAGGGAAAUUUGCAAAAGAAGGAAAUUUUAAUGUGAAGACUUAUUUUUCUACCUGUGAUAUGAAUCCAGGGUGACCAGGUGCCACACUUUAUGUGGGACUGCGCAGCAUUUUUACCCUUUGCGCCCCCACGGCCCAUCAAACAUACUGAGACAAGGUCCCACAUUUUAAGAAUCCCGUGGCUUAUGAAGAGAUGUGGUGAUCUGUGGAUGCGUCCUUGCUGAUACCCUUACCAAACAGAAAUAACAAGAGUUUUAUGGCUGUAGAAAAAGGGAAUAUAGGUGUGUACAAAGAAUGUCAAAGCUUGUUACAUACGCACCGAUGCCAAACCUGACACCCGUAUAGUUUUUGUGUAUUUGUAUUUGGUAACAAAACACACUCCUUGCUCCACAUGUAGCUUGUUGGAAUCUGGUCACCCUGACGGGUGUGUAGCAAAAGAGAUUUUUAUUACGUGUACUGGAAGGGCAGUUGAUAGACUGAAGCUGUUUGUGAUGUGAUUACUUUUGAAUAAAAUGAGU